AUGCAGCUCCUCCUGUCGCUGCUGCGACUGCCGCAGGAGGAUAUCAACGAGGCCUUCCACUCGGGAACUGUCGGACUGCGCACGUUGCAGCGUGUCAUCUACCCCAACAUCACGCCGGAGGAGCUGCACGUGGAUCAGAUGGACCCGCUUAGCUUUAUUGGGAACUGUCCCAUCAAGCCCGCGAACUUCAUUUAUCGGAAUGUGAUCCGCACGAUGUGUCUACUCCUUGCUCACCAUGAGAUGGGCCCUAGGAGACCGCCUGGUCUCGAAGCCCCUGCCGAGACGUCCGGCGGGAGCGGCGAGAGAUCUGAAGGACCCUUGGAAACUACGCUACCGCGACCGGAUACGCCCGAACCCUGGUGGAUUUGCUUUACCUGUGAUAGCGAAGCCUUCUCUUGGGAUGCCGGGGGAUGGCGGUGUGCACUGUGUGGGAGCAGAGACUUCUACAACCGGACAGCACCAACCAGGCGAGCAACACCAGGAGGAACGUGGCUGUACAUUCCUCGCGGAGACCUCGAGCCCAAUGAUGACGAAAGCUCCUCGAUAACAUCGCGGAGGCCGUCUACUUUGGAAGGCGCGUCCCCGACUUCACCUUGGAGGCCAAUGAGACCCCCGCGCGCCGGAGCACCAGCACCAGAGUGGUUGGAAGCAGCCGGCCGUGAGCAAGCUGAGUCGGAGACGGCGACGACAGAUGUGACAGUGGACCCUGUGACUUUGGAGCCACUACGACGACCUUCAAGACGACAGCGACGUGCCGCAGCGGCCGCUAGCCGAGCUGCAGCUGGCCCUGGCCGCGAUCGUGCUCUACAACGCGAUUCCCCCGAAGGACACCGACCUCCGGAAGAUCGAGGCCCAGGCGUUCCCCGAUUACACGACCCGCCGCUUCAAGAACCUGCUAGCACUUGGCGCGGCAAGCUUCUGAAGGACAUGGGCGACGCACUCGGCCGCAGGAGAGACGACAGCGAGGGCCCUUGGUCCACCUCCAAAGGACCAAAGCCUGGCGUGAAAUACCGGGGCGGAACUCCACCUUCACCGCCACAGUGGAACUACGCCCGGGAGGACGUCAGGGCCUAUGACAGGUACGAGCGGAAGGUUCGUAUGUGGGAAAGGCAAGUGCAGUCUUUUAUGCCAAAGCGGGAAGCAGCAAUGGCCCUCUAUGUGAGCCUCAGAGGGGAAGCCGAAGAGGAACUGGAGUUCAUGGCCUUCGACGAGAUCGACAACGAGCGCGGCGUCGAGAACAUCCUGUCGGCGCUCCGAAGGCCGCUGCAGACCCGCGAGGUCUACUUGAAGCGGCGCUACCUCCACGAGUACGAGUACAUUGGCCGACACGCCAGUGAAUCUAUAAGGUCGUUCUGCAACAGGUACCAGAGAGCCGAGAAGUCCCUCCUUGCCACAGGGAUUAACGUGACGGCGAUGUACGACAGCGAGUCCCGCGGUUCCCGGCUGCUGGACAGGAUGAGGCUCACGACGGAGCAGCAGAGGCUGAUCCUAGUGUCGACGGGCCAAAGCUUGCAGUUCGAUUCCAUCCGAGACGCAGCCCAGCUUCAGUACCCCGAGCACCGACCAACACCGGCCGUGGCCUACAACCGGGAGUUUGACAACACGCACCGCUCUCAAGAACACCAGCGCGAAGCUCCCAAGGGCGGCAAGCACGGCAAGGACCACGGCAAGGGCAACCGCGGCCCCAAAGGCGGCAAAGGACCACGCCCACCGUACCGGGCGUAUAUAACCGAGGAGGCAAGCCCCGACCACGUGGACGAGGUCCAGGACGACGGCCUCGAGGACAUCCCCGAGGCAGACAACGACCAGAACCUCGAGCAGGACGAAGAGGAGCUCGUUCCCGACAACGGGGAGGAACCCGAAGACGGCGAUGAUAUCCAGUCUGUCAUGCAAGAAGUGGCAGAGUGCCUCACAGUGACAGCGCGGCGCCUCCAAGGCGUGACCCUCGGCCGAAAAUUCACGAACAACCCGAAGAACAAGGACCUGGCCCAGCAGAAGCGCAACACGAACUGCAUGGCAUGCGGGCAGAAAGGCCAUUGGCAAGGAGAUCCCGAAUGCCCGGUUUCAGCCAAGGGCACCAAAGGUGCCAAAGGUUCCCACGGCAACAGCGCCAAGGGUGACCACGGCAAACAAGGCGCCGGGCCGAAGAAAGUGCUCAAUGUCUCCCACCAUGGCAGUGUCGAUGCAGGACCUAGUGCUGAGCCCGAUUCCCCGAGCGCAGAAGAUCUUCAAGAGUUCGGUUCGUACUUUACAACCUUCAUGACAACAUUCAUUGGACCAAGCCAGGAUGUCUUUCUUAGCAAGCCCAGGGAUUUUGCAGGAUAUGCCGUUCUCGACACAGCCUGUCAACGAAGCCUAUGUAGCGAGCAGUGGUUAGCAAAGCACCGUGAACUACUAGCCGAGCACAAGCUCGAUGUGAAGGCCACUCCGGAAUCCGAAGGCUUCCAGUUCGGUACAGGACCCAUUCAGGUGAGCAAGAAGCACGUACACUUCCCUGUGUGUCUAGACGGCAGCUCUUCGACUUGUGCGUUGUUUGGGGCAUCAGUGAUGGAGUCUCCUAGCGAUAUCCCUUUGUUGUUGAGCUUGGAGAUGCUAUCGAAGAAGCUCAGGGCCAUUCUUGAUCUCCCUAGGCAUGUUGCACACCUUGGUGCCUUCAACGUAGAGGUCCCCAUCGUCAAGAUCAAUGGCCAUGUGUGCAUAGAGUUGAACAGGUUCCCCAAAGGGCACUUUGCACAGUGGAAAGCGCUGAGCAGCAUUCUGGAUCAAGGUGAUCCCGACGCAGAGCUCGUUCCACCAGCAUGGCUUCAGGGCUGGCGGCGAGUGGUCAAGUACAUCAGGGCGGCCGAGUUGCACCUCCUUCGCUUCAUGAGCCAGACCGUGCGCCUCGGCCUCCGAAAGCGGUCUUGGCUGUCGCACCAGGACCCGAUGCACCAGCGCUGGACCGACAACCUGAUCAGGGCGCUGCAGGCCCCCUGCGAGCAUCCUCCGCACAUGCUGGCCAAGAGCGGCAAUCGCCACGGCAGCUUUCAAAAAUGCUGCCAGUGCAACACACGAUGGAAAUGGGUGGCAUUCGCAUGGGAAGAGCUGCCAUCUUCGCCAUUGCCGCGGCCGUCACCACCCUCGGCCAACUAUGGGGCCCGGACUCUCUGGGCGAGUCGUUUGCUGCCAGGACUGGAGGUCCAAGCGGACACGGCAACCUGCUCGGGGACCCGAUCGGUGACUGGUUUGAAGCCCAAAGCGAAGCCUUCACCGCGGCAUCGAGGGGAGCUGGACUUCACCGAGGAGGAGCUGGAGAUCCUCAACCUCGCAGAGGGAGCGCCUCCUGUGGACCGGCCCAUGGUGAUCGAGAGUGGUUGCCUCCAAAGGAUGGAGGAUCAGUACCAGAGCGGCGUCCAAGCACGGGCGCAAGCGAGCGCGCCGAGAGCGCGCAGGGCCCAGCCAGCCGAGCACACCGAGACCGCAGAGGAAGAGGCCCGAGCACUAGUGGAGUACGAUGGCAUGUACGCGUGGGACCUGGUGGAAGCCCACAACGACUACAGCCGGGAGAUCGCGAUGCACCGGGACAUGCCCUUCUACAAGGACAUCUACCACCUCCCGAAGAUCGACAUCCUCGAGGUUUUCGGCGGCAAGGCGGCGAUCACCAUCGAGGCGGCGAACUAUGGACUCACCGCCCUCCAGCCGUUCGACAAGGUGUAUGGCCACGACUUGACCAUCGACGAGCAGGCCGGGCACUUUCGCGACAUAGUCACCAAGUUCCAGCCCACCUUCGUGAUGUGCUGGUGGCCGCGAGUGAACGCCUCCACGGGCACCACGCAAGGCCUCGACAUGCUCCACGACCUCGGCACCUGGGUUUGUUCAGAACAAAACCGGCAAGGACGCUACUUUGUCGGCGAGUUCGAGCCCGACGGGACGCUGUGGACAAGGCCAAGGACGAAGGAGCUGCUCAAGCACAAGGAUGUAUCCGUGACGGAGUGCGAUGCCGGUGCCUAUGGGCUGGAAGACGAAGAGGGAUUCCCAGUAGCUUUCCGAAGCCGCUGGGUGACGAACCACCUCGACCUGGCCAACCGACUGAAGCUAAAACUGACCUCCGAGCAACGCCACUACUUGCCACCCCAAGCUCUACUACGUGACCCUCGACGCGGCUACCCGUGCCUCGGCCAAGUACACCAGAUCCUGGAAGCCGUGCAAAACGAGGCCCGGCGGAAGUUUCCUUCAAGGUUUCAGCUUAAGCCCCACGACGUGCUGUACGCAAGGCCUCUCAACGACCCUGUGGCGUGGAAGGAGGUCCUUGACGAGGUUGAGAGCAGGUUCCUGAACACCCACAAGAAGCCCUUCAACCUCAACACCAACGACCCGCUUCGGGAGAUGCUCAACAAGUUGAUCCCAUGGCGGAUCGAUAAAGUGCAGGCCGCCUGGACACCGCAGAGCCGGAGAUUUCCUCAGGACAUACCCUUCACUCACCGCGGCGCCGCUCUUCGACUCAACUCCGGCGAGCUAGUCCUCGAGUCCGAGGACAUGGCGCAAAUCACGUACCCCAAGCAGAGAUACGCUCGACCGGUGCGUGUGGGCCUGUUCUUCUUUGGCUUCCCCAAGGAGAAACAGGAACCGGAGCCAGCCGAGCCUGAAGAGGAGCACCAGGCAACUACAAGCAUACGUCCUCUGCAUGGUUUUGAGACUGAGCUAUGGUUCGAGGACCCCCCUCGCGAGGUUGACAAGAAGCUCCAGUACAGCCUGGCCCGACUUCACGUCAACAUGGGCCACGCACCACGAGCCGAGCUGAUACGGAUGAUGGCCGCCUCUGGGAAUCUUUCUCGGAAGGUUCUGCUAGGGCUGGAUUGCUUAAGGUGCGGCAGCUGCAUCAGGAUGCAAAAGCCGAAGCCACCACCUGUGUCUUCGGUGGCGCCCGCCUUCACCGGCUACUUUGGAGAGGUGCUGCAGGCGGACCUGGUCUACAUCCGCACCAUCACGGGCCUCGCUGUGCCAGUGCUAGGCAUCACCUGCGAGGCGACGAACUACCACGCGAGCAAGGCCUUAAGCUCCCGCAACCCAGCCGAGGUCCUCCAGACUAUCUUGGAGAUCUGGUACCGUCCGCUGGGCUUGCCACUGCACUUUAAGUGCGAUGCUGGUGGUGAGUUCGCUUCAGACCUUGCUGCCUGGCACGGCAGAAGCGGCGUCCUGCACGAGGUGAUCCCUGCUGAGGCCCAUCAUCGCCUUGGCAAGAUCGAGAGGCGAAACAGCCUCAUGAGGACAUUGGCCGAACGCAUCAUCGACGAGCGCGGGAUCCACAACAUCGAGGAGCUGAACAAGGUACUCCCCGCGGUGACGUUUAGCAUGAAUGCCAGCACCUACUCGUACGGCAGGUCCCCCUACCAAGCCGUCUUCGGCAGGGUGCCAAGGCCAAUCGGAGACUUGUCCUCAGAUCCCCGGUCUCUGGUGUUGUCGCCGAGUGAAGGCGACAAACGACUGAUGCCCGAGCUCCUCCGCGCCGAGGCGCUCAAAGCACUUGCUGAGUUCAGUGCCUCCAGCGCCGUGAAGCGCGCCUUGCUGCGCAAAACAAGGCAUCAGGAUCCCGGUGACUUUCAGCCGGGCCAACCACUAGCCUACUGGAGAUGGACCGGGAGAUCAAGACAACACAAAAGAGGAGCCUGGAAUCUGGGCCGCUUCCUUUCCCUGGACCCGGAUCGAAAGAGCAUGUGGUUGCAAGUGGGCACCACCACCGUGAAGGUGGCCAACAACCAAGUACGGCAAGCUUGCGGCUGGGAAGAAUGGACUCCGAGCACCGAGGACCUCAAGAUUUUGAAAGACGCCGAGCAUUGUCUACGAGACGCUCUCUGGGAAGACCGUACAGAGGAGCCCCCGGGAGUCCUAGAGGAGCCGACUGGAGAACCUGGUUCACUUGCCGAACCGACUCUACUACCACCCGAGCUUCGACAGGCCAACGACUACUGGAGGUUCACCGACACCGGCGUCACACGAGUGCACACCAAUCCCAGGUCCGAACUUUACGUACCACAAGCCUACGAGUGCAACUUCGACAUGAACGACCUGGCGGACAAGAGACAGACCUACCGCAACGAGGCCGACGAGCAGCCCGCCGACGACAACUGGCGGGACCCACUUUGCGACCAAAGCUUUGAGAAAGACCGUACAAAGCACGUGCUCUACCACUACCUCUACCCGAAGCGCCUACGGACAACAGGUCCAUCGUGUUCAGCAUACCUCCUGGUUCCCCUGUGCCACCGACACCAAGGAGCAGACGUGGAAGGUCUAGGUCUCACGAGCUUCGAGCCCAACGAGACCACCGAGCACAACGAGCACCACGACUCGACUCAGGUCGACACGCCUCGAGAGAGUGCCCAAGGAGGAAACCUUUUGCCACAAAAGAGGACAGCCGCAGUACUUGUGAGCAGUUUCCCGCUCAACUUUGACAUCCACGACAACGGCGAGAUGACUCUGCGGGAAAGCAGCGACACCAAAGACAGUCGCCUACCUUUUAGGCGCAACUUCUACUACGAGUGCUACCUGACCGGCAACACCCGCAAGGAGGAACUUCAAAAGGCUGGCGUCGUUGAAGACCCCAGCAGAGAGGACGACACCACCGACGACGACAACCUCAACUCCUCCAACGACCGCACUCGCAGCCGCCAAGAAGCCAAGCAGCUGGACCGAGAAAUACCAUGGCGGCAACUCACCGAGCUCCCGCGUUCCCAGUACGAGGAGUACCUCCAGGCCACGCGGACAGAGAACGACAACUGGAUGAUGUGGGGAGGGAUCAAACCUAUCUCCCACCGAGAGGCGAAGAAGAUCUGUGACACGCCUCACCUGGCUAGAAGAAUCCUUCGAGCUCGCGCAGCAUACAGGGAUAAGUCGAAGGGCAUUGGACCCCUCCGACCGAAGUGCCGAGUGGUGAUCAUAGGUUGCCAAGACCCUGACCUGUUCGACAUCAGCAGGGACAGCCCAACACCAACGAGGCUAUCAGAAACUCUUCUGAUGACGAUCGCCAGUGCAGGAGCAAACCGCUCCCUCGGCAACAAUAACAAGCAGUGGUACCUCUGGGUGUCAGAUGCCAAGAGCGCCUUUCUACAAGGCGAGCAGGACAACUCAGAACGCAGUGGACCUCUCUACAUGCGACCACCACGUGAUCCACUGAUUGAGGAAACUUGCAGUUUCCCAGCCGCCCUGUACCAGAUCACAGGCAACUGCUAUGGGCUCCCAAACGCCCCGCGGGUCUGGUACCAGAAGGUGCAUCGGUCUAUGACAAGCAAAGGAUUUUUGCGUCAUACUUACGACCGCUGCCUGUACUACUACCUGAACCCCAAGGACGGCGAGCUCCAAGCUGUGGUCAUAAUCCACGUGGACGACUUCCUGGCCACGUACAACAGCAGCUUCCCGAUCAUCAUCCUGGAGAAGCUGUUCACCUGGGGAAGUAUCACGAAGGUCACCACGGAGACCAGCGCCACCUACCGCGGCAAGGAGAUCUUCCUCAAGAAGUUCGGCGACCGGUACAAGUACGUCGUCACCCAGCGCGAGUUCAUCCAAGGAAUGGAAGGCGGAAGUUUGCCUCGCGGACGAGCUCAACAAGCCGAGGCCCUCACUACACAGGAGUGGUCUGACUUCAGGAGCAUUGCAGGAAGUUUGCAAUGGCUGGCUGGCCAGUGCAGGCCAGAGAUCGGACCGCUUGUGUCUUUGUCAAACCGUGGCAAGGACACAACCUUCAAAGACCUCCAGCGCUUGUUCGAAGCGGUCAAGUACCUCAAGGAGACCUGCGACCGCGGCCUAGUGUACCAGGACAUCCCCAUCAACGAGGACUCCGUCUUCGUGACCUAUACGGACUCAAGCUUCGCCAACGCCGAGCUGAAGAGCCAGUUUGGUGUGUGUGUUUUCAUCAGCACGCCAAGCGUGGUGAGGACUCCCACCAAGGGGACACUUGUGGACUGGCGCAGCGCCAGGAGCACCAGGAUCUGCCGAUCCACCCUUGCUGCCGAAGCCAGUGCUGCAGACGAAGGCGCAGAUCGUGCGAUUUUCGCCAACAUGUGCCUGAGCGAGAUCUUCACAGGCGAAUCCGCCCUGAAAGGCCCUGCGAAGUUCAACAACAUCCAGGUGAGUGACGCCAAGAGCCUCUACGACACCGUUGUCGCUGAGAAUCCGAGCGUCAGCGACAAGAGGAGCCUGAUCAACAUCCGCAGCAUCCAGCAGAGCGUGAAGCCUAAGGACUUUAGGUGGGUGCCAACGCAACAUAUGGUUGCUGACGGCCUGACAAAGCUGGAUUGGAAGCUGACGGAGGUGCUGAGCUCUUUCCUUCAGGAUCCAGUGCUUACUCUCACCCAGCAAGUCCCAAAAGAAAAUAGGUCCUGCCCCAGGCAGCAGAAGCAGAAGUCUCAAUGGCCUUGUAUUCAGCAGAGGUGCCUCUUCGCCUUGUCUGGAUGCGAGGACACCUACGUGCAGGUGUAUGGUUUCCUGCUGGUCGCGAAUUUCUCCCGGGACAGGAGCCUGCUCUAUAAUUUCCUCAACGAGUCUGGCGUUAUCAAUGAGCUGCUCACGACGAUCAGGCGAGCCGGACCCAGCGCGAGCCAGCCCGAGGAGCAGGUUCCAGUCAAGGACAAGCUCGCGACAGUGACCGGGCCGUGGAGCAGCGUCGCCGUCUCGCGGAACCGCUUCAUGCUGGCCAUGUCGGCUCUGACAAACUUUGCCGAGCGCGUCAAGGAGAAGUACCGUGGCGACGACGGGGAGAUCCCGGUGAAUCCAGAUAUGAAGGAUGACGGCGGCCUCGUGAUCUCCAAUCGAAUUACGCUGAACAAGCUGACGUCCAAUUGCUUGCGAGACCUGGACACCUCGGGCAUGGAGAGGAGGCUUGCCGAGAUGACGCCGACAGAGGAGUUCAUCUCCAUGCUUCGGGUCCUGAUCGCGGCGAACAACUUCACUGCCAAAGUGGAGCUCGAGGAUCCCGGGCGCGGUGGCGAGGUUAAGCUGGAAGCGAUGGACACCUCCUACGUGAACCUCCUCGGCGACGACAGGAAAGCCAAAGAUGCCUUGGUCCUGCAGCCAUUGCGCCACGACUUCCGGAGCUUGGGCAUCCUCCACAGCAAGACCACGGGAAUGCUUGAGGUGAUCAAGCAGUGCAUGGCCGCCGGGCAGGCCCCUUCCCUGAUGUCGGUGAUUGUGGAGUGUCUCACCGGCCUCACCUUUCUCAGCCCGCUGAGCAUCCGGGCGCCGCUGACUGCGUACAGGAUCUCACAGGGCUGUCCCGAGUGGCUGCAGCCAAGUCUCAUGGCGCUUAUCGCCAACUCCCUGGCGGAUCCUGCCCGGAUCAAGCAGUUCGACGAGGAAGAGCCCGAGUGCAUGAUCCGGGCGAGAUCGGAUUACCUCUUUCCCAUGCUUGCCACCUCCACUCUGGAGAUUCGGCAGAAGGUUUUGGGAGUCUUGGCGAAUGCCGCAGCGCAAGACGAUCUACUUGAAUUCAUCGUGAACUCCGGGGUCUUCCGAACUUGCAAGGCAAUCCCGGGCAAGGGCUGGUUCGUGGAGCACUUCGCUUUGAUGAUCGAGCUGACGCGCAUGCUCACGAACCUGACUUGCCGCCCGAACACGCACGAGGCUGUCAUGACGCCAGACACGAUGGCUUUCCUCCGCGAUGUGCUUCGUCACUGUGCAGUGCUCUUCCACACAGUACAGCUGGACAAGGAGAACAAGGAUGAAGACAAGUACGACUACUAUGAGGUGUUCUUCGAUCACGAAGAUGCACCACCGCUUGGCUUGAGGAUCCGUUGGGAGCUUCCGCCGCAGCUGACGGAGGUCCUGCCCAACACCCCGGCAGCACGUGCUGGUGAAGAGCUUCGCCCGGGAGACCAACUCGUCGAGGUGAAUGGAAAGGAUGUGACGGAACUGGAGCAAGGCGACAUCGCCCCGAUGUUUGAAGCCCGGCCGCUGAAGCUGCUCUUCCGCCGGAAGCCGGAGCCUCUCGAGGUGGUGAUUGACGAGAGCAACAUGAAGAUCGUGGGGAACAUUCGUGUGGAGCAAGUCUCCAAGGUUUCGGCUUAUGGCGACUCUGCGCAAUAUCUGGAGUGCUUCAACCUGGCGGUUCUGGUCGUGCACAACCUGGCCGUGCAGGCAAGCAAUUUGGAGCUGCUCCACAGCGAGCCGCGCAUUCUCAUGACCCUCUUGGAGGUCAUGCCGGCAGAUGCUACAUCGCCAUCACUUCGUCGGCUGAUCUUCUCGACGUUGACUUGCCUCUGCCAGGAGAGAGCAGUGUCAGGUCGGAUUUUUCAUGCUAUGGCCGAAUACUUCCAGAACUGUCAGAAGACGGAUGCAUCGCUCCACAAGUACAUCAUGUGUUCCUUGGUCCUCGCGGUUCAGUGCUGCUCAGGGUUUUGUCAGAUAUGUCCGGGCGGUAUCGCAGCUGCAGCCGAGCCUUCGACCGGACCCUGCCAGCUAGAAGUCAGAGCUUGCCAAGGCUGUGCGAACCUGUACUACACGAGCAUGAGUCGAGAAGAGGCACCGAAGCGAGGAAUUUCGAGGGCUCAAAGCAGCGCCGUCUACUAG